UGAAUGGCCUCUAUAUAAGAAGCGUGGUGGUCCUAUACCAUUUUGGAAACGAAGCUCUCAAAGCUUCUCAACAAUGGCGACCAUUCCUUCUCACAACCUUCUCACGAAGAACUAUCACACUUCUCCGUCGUUUAAAACCACCACCUCCUCUGAACCUUCUUCGUUCAUUCAUCUCCCGGAGAAAAGAUUCCGAGUAGCUACGAGAGCUUCUUCUCUAACGAGAACCAACGAGGCUUCUUUAUCCGCCGUCAUCUCCAGGCUGGAGCGCGAAAGGCAAGGAUUAACCGACGGCGGCGGCGAACAGUGGCACACGGCGGAAGACUUCCGCCGGCGGGAUAAGAAAACCGAGGAAGAGAGGAGGCUCAGAGACACGUGGCGCAAGAUCCAAGGAGAAGACGACUGGGCCGGGCUAACCGACCCGAUGGACCCGGUCCUCAGAUCGGAGCUGAUCCGUUACGGCGAAAUGGCCCAGGCCUGUUACGACGCCUUCGACUUCGAUCCUUCCUCGAGGUACUGCGGCAGCUCCAGAUUCUCCCGCCACGAGUUUUUCGAUUCUCUUGGGAUGAACGGCUCCGGGUACGAGGUGGCGCGUUACCUCUACGCGACGUCGAACAUCAACCUCCCCAACUUCUUCUCCAAGUCGAGGUGGUCAAAGGUGUGGAGCAAAAACGCAAACUGGAUGGGAUACGUCGCCGUUUCGGACGACGACGAGGCCACGCGUAACCGUCUCGGUCGCCGAGACAUCGCGAUCGCGUGGAGAGGGACCGUUACGAAGCUCGAAUGGAUCGCUGAUCUCAAGGACUAUCUGAAACCGGUAUCCCGUAACAACCUCAGGUGCCCCGACCCGGCCGUUAAGGUCGAAUCCGGGUUUUUGGAUCUUUACACGGAUAAAGACACGUCAUGCAAGUUCUCGAGAUUCUCGGCGCGUGAGCAAAUCUUAGCGGAGGUUAAACGUCUGGUGGAGAAGUACGGCGAUGAUGACGAAGAAGAGGAGCUGAGCAUCACCGUGACGGGACACAGCCUCGGCGGGGCGUUGGCGAUACUGAGCGCGUACGACGUGGCGGAGAUGGGUUUGAAUCGGAGUCGGAGCGGGAAGGUGAUUCCAGUGACGGUUUUGACUUACGGCGGGCCGCGCGUGGGUAACGUGAGGUUCAAGGAGAGGUUGAAGGAGCUGGGAGUGAAGGUGAUGAGAGUGGUGAACGUUCAUGACGUGGUUCCGAAGUCGCCGGGACUGUUUCUGAACGAGCGUGCUCCACACGCGGUGAUGAAAAUGGCGGAGGGGUUGCCUUGGUGUUACUGCCACGUGGGGGAAGAACUGGCGCUGGACCACCAGAACUCGCCGUUCCUUAAAUCGUCCGUUGAUCCUUCUAAUGCUCAUAACCUCGAGGCUCUACUCCAUCUCCUUGACGGGUAUCAUGGAAAAGGGGAGAGAUUCGUGCUGUCGAGUGGGAGAGAUCCAGCGUUGGUGAACAAAGCAUCGGACUUUCUGAAAGAACACUUCAUGGUUCCACCGUUUUGGCGUCAAGAUGCUAACAAAGGAAUGGUGAGGAACAGUGAAGGUCGUUGGAUUCAAGCCGAGCGUCUCCGUUCUGAGGAUCAUCAUUCUCCUGACAUCCACCACCAUCUCCACCAGCUCCGUCUUCUCCCUUCGUAAUUACACAUUAAUUUUGAUAUAUACUAUUAUUAUAUAUGCAUGUUUUCCUUUGUAAAUGUCACGAAUAAAAAUGAUCACACUCUUUUUCA